GCCGAGGGAGCAGGAUCGAAUCAUGGACCCCGCCAGGAGAGCAAGCUCCCAGGCCGUGAUCUGGACUACAGGUUGGCUGCUGCUGCUGCUGCUUCAAGGAGCUCAGGCCCUGGAGUGCUACAGCUGCGUGCAGAGAGCAGAUGACGGAUGCUCUAAGGAGAAGACCAAGAUCGUGAAGUGCGCACCAGGCGUAGAAGUCUGCACGGAGGCUGUGGGGGCGUUGGAGACCAUCCACGGGCAAUUCUCCGUGGCAGUGCGCGGCUGCGGUUCGGGACUCCCGGGCAAGAAUGACCGCGGACUGGACCUUUACGGGCUUCUGGCUUUCAUCCAGCUGCAGCAAUGCUCCCAGGACCGCUGCAACGCCAAGCUCAACCUCACCACACGAGCGCUCAUCCCCGUAGGUAAUGAGAGUGCGUACGAGCCCAACGGGGCCGAGUGCUACAGCUGCGUGGGGCUGAGCCGCGAGGAGUGCCAGGGCACGGCGCCGCCUGUCGUGAGCUGCUACAACGCCAGCGACCGCUUCUACAACGGCUGUUUCGAUGGCAACGUCACCCUGACGGCAGCUAAUGUGACUGUGUCCUUGCCUGUCCGGGGCUGCGUCCAGAAUGAGUUCUGCACCCGGGAUGCGGUGACAGGCCCGGGGUUCACACUCAGUGGCUCCUGUUGCAAGGGGUCCCGCUGUAACUCAGACCUCCGCAACAAGACCUACUUCUCCCCUCGAAUUCCGCCCCUUGUUCUGCUGCCCGCCGCUCAGCCUACCACUCUGGCUCCAACUACCAGUGUUACUACUUCCACCCAAGCCCCAACCACGCCUGUCUCUACUACCAAAUCCACCCCAGCCUCCGCCAGCCAGACUCUUCCAAAGGAAGUAGAACCCAAGACCUCCAGAAAAGAGGAAUCUAGUUCGGCUGGAGGUGCUGCUGGCCACCAGGACCGUAGUAAUAAGGAGCAGUACCCCACAAAAAUCUGGACCCCUAGUAAAGGCUCUGCAGCUCCGUCAGCUGGGUUGGCGGCUCUUGUGUUGGCUGUGGCUGCUGGUUUCCUACUAUGAGCUUCUCCACCUGGAAACCUCCCUACUGCCCUCCUUCCCUGGCCCUGGGUACCCUCUUCUCCCUUUCCCACCACUGGACUGGGCUGGCCCAGCCCGUUCUUCCAAUUUACCUCAGAACCCCCAGCUUCUUCUGCUGCGCUGGUUUGCGGCCUAGGGAAAUAAAGUUACCAUUGUAUAUAUCCUUCUGGGUUCUAACUUUUUGAGGCAGCAAUAUCCCCCUCAUCGUCUCUCCCUUGUCCUUUUGGUGACUAGGUUUCAGAGUAGUUAGAAUUGUCACGGGGAUGGUGGGAGAGACAAUGAUAAGCUUUCUCAUAGCUAACCUGGAACAUGGUGGGCGGAGUGAAUAAUGGUUCCUUCCUCUGAUGGCUGCUGGGCCUGCCCCUCCAUCUUUGUGGGAAUUGUUUCAGCUGCUGUCUUACUAGACUGUGAGCUCCUCAAGGGCAGGGACCAUGCCUUAUGCCUCUAUGUGGUCAGUUUCUGGAACAU